AACCGUUUUUUUUUAAUACCGAGAGAACCUUGAAUAUAUCGAAUGGUCGAAAUUAUAUGUGCGAGUGUUAACAAUUUGUAAACAUUCCAUCACAUAAAACCAAUAAACAGUUGGGAAAAUUUUUCGCCGAAAAUUUACAGUACAUCAUCUAUCGUCGGGUGGAAUAAAUUUCUCACCGUCGAGUCCAUAAAAUGCCAACCGAAAGUGUAAAAUGUGAUAUUUUGUUUGACUUUGAUAAUAACCAACGAGUGAUAACCGGUGGUGAAUCGCUUCGAGGUCAAGUUGUACUGACGUUUUUUAAAAGAAAAUAUUUACUGGGUAUAUUCAUGAACGUUGUGGGUAAAGCUACAAUAAAAUUUUCCAAAGGCACUGCACGAAAUAAACGCAUAUUUGCUUGGGAAGAAAUUUACAUCGACGAGGAAAUUAAUUUGGUCAAUGGAGGCGAAUUUCAACCAGAUGUGUACAGUUAUCCAUUCGAAUGUUUAUUGUCGCCAGGCUUUCCCAGUUCGGUGGAAAGUACUUAUGGACAUAUUCGAUACUAUGUCAGUGUCGUGCUGUUGAAGUCAUCUUGGACUGAUCGAACGUAUAAGAAGGAAUUUACUUUAGUUAAACCCUUGGACCUUAACCUACAUGAGUUCCUGCGGUAUCCGGUCAUAAACAAAUUUGUGGAGCGAUUCAAUCUAUGCUGUUUGUUAUGUUGCUUUAAAACUGAUCCGUUAUUCGUAACUGCCGUUAUUCCACACAGUGGAUUCGUGCCGAAUCAAGUUAUUCAGCUGAGGAUACAAGUGAUUAACGAAAGCGAUCAACCGAUUGAGAAAUUUUCCGUUAAACUCAUACAGUUCUUCGAGUAUACAGACCGACACAGUAAUGUCCGAGGGAAAAUCAAAGAAAAUGCCCUGGUUGAAAAGGGUUUCACUAGUCCUUUUGAAAGAGUCGAAGUUUACAAUGUGGACAUACAAGUGCCCAGUAAUGUGCCACCAUCGGAUAGUACCUCAAGUAAAGUGCUCAAGUUAUCCUACAAAUUGCGGGUACAUGGUGUCGUUGACAAUACAUGUCGAAGUGAUGUUUUCCUAGAAAUUCCGAUAAUAAUUGGCACUGUGCCUCUGCGUUUCGCUCGUCCGGCUGAAACGAGACUAGCAGCUAGGCAGUUACAAGCACAAGAGCAAGAUAACGAUUACAAUUCUGAGACAUCAUUGAUUCCUGAUGCUGGGAAUGCAUCAGGAGAAUUAGAUCCGCCGACUUAUGAUGAAGCUGUAAUUAUGUAGUUGAUCAAUAAAGGAAUACACGAAGUGAAGAA